CGCUUCGCUUCCGUGCGGACGGGGUCAGAGCGAGGCAGCAUGGCGGAGCGCUCGGAGCCUCCCGCGAAGCGGCCGUGCUGUCGGCCCUUCCCGGCGCCUCUCUCACCGCGCAGGACCGCGGCGGCGGGCGCCGGCCACAGUCCCGAGUCGCUGCUGGACCUGAGCGCCAAGCGGGUGGCCGAGAAGUGGCCGUUCCAGCGCGUCGAGGAGCGCUUCACGCACAUUCCCGAGCCCGUGCAGAGGCGGAUCGUGUUCUGGUCGUUCCCUCGCAGCGAGCGCGAGGUGUGCAUGUACUCGUCGCUUGAGUGCUCGGCCGAGGACGGCGAGGAGGAGAGCAAGCUGCCCUUCAAUCGCGGCGUGCGGCUCCUCGAAGGCGGAUGCGUGGAUAACGUGCUGCAAGUCGGCUUCCACCUGAGCGGCACGGUGACGGAACCGGCGUCGCAGUCGGAGCCGGAGCGCGUUUACAGCGUCGCCAUCAGCUUCGACCGCUGCAAGAUCACGUCUGUGUGCUGCGGCUGCGGCGAGCGCGACAUCGUCUACUGCGCCCACGUCGCCGCGCUCUCGCUCUACCGCAUCCGGCGCGCCGAGCGCGUCCGCCUGCGCCUGCCCAUCUCGGAGACGCUGUCGCAGCUGAGCCGCGACCAGCUCCAGAAGCUUUGCCAGUACCUGAUAGCGGCGCACCACACCGAGGUGCUGCCCACAGCGCAGAGGCUCGCCGACGAGAUCCUCUCGGCUGACUCCGAGAUCAACCAGCUGCACGGCGCUCCGGACCCCACGGCGGGCGCGAGCGUGGACGACGUGAACUGCUGGCACCUGGACGAGGAGCAGGUGCAGGAGCAGGUGAAGCAGUUCCUGUCACAGGGCGGUUACUACGGCUCCGGCAAGCAGCUCAACUCCAUGUUCGCCAAGGUGCGGGAGAUGCUGAAGAUGCGGGACUCGAACGGGGCGAGAAUGCUGACGCUCAUCACGGAGCAGUUCAUGGCCGACCCGCGGCUGGGGCUGUGGCGGCAGCAGGGGACGACCAUGACGGACAAGUGCCGGCAACUGUGGGACGAGCUUGGCGCCCUGUGGACGUGCGUGGUGCUGAACCCGCACUGCCGCCUGCAGGAGAAGUCCGGUUGGCUGCGGCUGUUGCGGCGUUGGCACGAGGUGGAUGUGUGUCCCCUGGAGGACGGUAGCGGCGUCGGCGACCUGCCCAGCGUGUCGCCCUCGCACCACAGCCGAGACCCCUUGUCCAGGGGCCGGAGGACAGUGUUCUCGCGAGCGGUGGACGCGUGCGGCCUGCACUGGCAGGACGGCCACCUCCAGCGCAUCCUGGGCAACCCCGGUUACCACGGCAACUGUCGCCACGCCGACGACCCCCUCUUUGACCCCCGAGGACGACCCCUGUGGAACGAGCACGUGCCCACGGCGUGUGCCCGCGUGGACGCGCUGCGCUCGCACGGCUACCCCAAGGAGGCGCUGCGUCUCGCCGUCGCCAUCGUCAGCACGCUGCGCUUGCAGCAGCAGCGCCAGCACAAGCUGUACAGGCGGCAGGAGAAAGAGAUCCUGCAGAAGGGCACGACGUCCGUGACGAGCGUGGAGGGGUGGGUGGGACAUCCCCUCGAUCCCAUCGGCUGCCUCUUCACCACGCUCACCGAGGGAGCCGUCGGCUCGUCGCACAGCAGCGCGUCCAAGACGAGCGACCCCCUGGGUGGGGACCCCAAGGGGAUCGACGGCCUGCACGGCGGGGACCCCUCGGAGCCUGCGUGCCCCUGGGAGGGGGUGAGCGGAUUCUUCGGCCCCCCACCGCCCUCCUCGGGCCCGUCCCUGCCGCUGUCGGCCGCCGCGGCCGCGGGCUCGGACGCGUGGCCCUGGUGGGAGGGCGUGGGCGGCGUGUCGCCCGACUCGUGCCUCGCACUGGCCGUCGAGGUGGCCCUGCUCGGCCUCGGCCAGCAGAGGACGAUGCCCGAGGGCCUCUACGCCCAGGAGAAGGUGGGGCGGCAGGAGGAGCAGCUGCUGGCUCGACUGGGCGACCUGCAGCUCACGCCGGCGCUCAUCGGCGUGCUUCGCCGCCAGGCCACGCUGCUGCUGCAGGGCGGGCCGUACAGCGGGCUGGGCGAGGUGGUGCACCGCGAGAGCGUGCCCAUGCACACCUUCGCCAAGUUCCUCUUCACCGCGCUGCUGCCGCACGACUCGGAGCUCACCUACCGCGUCGCCCUGCGCGCCAUGCGGCUGCCGGUGCUGGAGUCAUCGGCGGGCCCCGGCGAGGCGUCUCACCCGUACCACAUCCCUUCGGUGGUGCCCAACCGCUACCCGCGCUGGUUCACGCUGGCGCACAUUGAGUCGCAGCAGUGCGAGCUCGCCUCCACCAUGCUCACCGCCGCCAAGGGGGACGUGAUAAGACUGCGAGCCGUGCUGGACUCCAUACAGAAGCACAUCCACUCGUCGUCCCACCUCUUCAAGCUGGCUCAGGACGCGUUCAAGAUCGGAACUCCGGCCGACGGGCUGCCUGACAUCACGCUGCUCAACGUGGCACUCGAACUGGGCCUACAGGUGAUGCGGAUGACGCUGUCCACGCUGAACUGGCGCCGGAGGGAGAUGGUGCGAUGGCUCGUCACUUGCGCCACGGAAGUCGGCGUGUGCGCGCUGGUGAGCAUCAUGCAGAGCUGGUACACCCUCUUCACCCCGACGGAGGCCACCAGCCUGGUGGCCACCAGCGUGCUCUCGCCGCCCACGGCGCUGCGCCUCAGCCUGGACUAUGGUCAGCGCGAGGAGCUGGCGCAGUGCGCCCGCACGCUGGCGCUGCAGUGCGCCAUGAAGGACCCGCAGAGUUGCGCGCUCUCCGCGCUGACGCUGUGCGAGAAGGACCCCGUCGCCUUCGAGACCGCCUACCAGAUCGUCCUCGACGCCGCCAGCGCCGGCUCCGUGGGCGGCGGCGGCGGCGGCAUCGGCAUCGGCGUGGGGAUUGGCGGCGGCGCCGGCGGCGGCGGCGGCGGCGGCGGCGGCUCCGGCAUGGGCCACGCGCAGCUCUUCACGGUGGCACGCUACAUGGAGCAUCGCGGGUACCCGCUGCGCGCCUACAAGCUCGCCAGCCUCGCCAUGGCGCAGCUGAGCCUGGCGUACAACCAGGACACGCACCCGGCCAUCAACGACGUGCUGUGGGCCUGCGCGCUCAGCCACUCGCUGGGCAAGCAGGAGCUCGCCGCCAUGAUCCCGCUCGUGGUCAAGGGCGUGCAGUGCGCCACCGUGCUGUCCGACAUCCUGCGCCGCUGCGCCGCCAGCCUCCCGGGCUUGCCCUCGCCGGGGGGGGCUCGGCGGUCGGUGGCGGCCGCGGCGGCGGCGGACAAGGGCGGCCCGCUGCGGCAGCUGCUGGACGCGACGCUGGCGGCGUACGUGAGCACGGCGCACUCGCGGCUCACGCACAUCUCGCCGCGCCACUACGGGGAGUUCGUCGAGUUCCUGGGCAAGGCGCGGGAGGCGUUCCUGCUGGCGCCCGACGGCCACGCGCAGUUCGCGCAGUUCCUCGACGGCCUCAAACAGACGUACAAGGGCAAGAAGAAGCUCAUGCUGCUGGUGCGCGAGCGCUUCGGCUGACGCCGGCGUUUGGCGGCGAUCGGCGGCAGCCGGGUUCCUUCCUUGACCCCUCGGCCCCCCCCCCCUCCGCCGUGUCGGAGCGGCCAGGGGGCGACGGCCGUGCUGCGAGGAUGAGGAGGAGGAGGAGGGCGAUGAUCGUGCGUGUGGGACGACCUGAAGACUCACUGUUUACAUGUACAGAUCAAUGAUGACGCACCGGUGAUGGUGUUUGGCGGAGCAACUCUGAAGCCUAUACAUAUAUAUAAAUGUUAUAUAUACCCCCACACGUAGCUUGCACGCUCCGGUAAAGUAUUUUUUACUUUUGGUUCAUGUUUUUUGUUGUUGUUGGUUGCCGAUCUCUCCCGGGACGCGGCGAAGCAAACUUGACGGCGCCAAUGCCGGCGCCAAAGCGGCGCCGCCGUCGACGCCGCUGUAACGACGGUCCACCGCCGUUGCCUCUUCUUGGUUUUUGUUUUGUCCACGUUUUUGUUUUUGUUCUUCCUCCCCUCUGGCACUGAAAUCACGUUUAAUGCUGACACGGGGCCCAGGCGACAUUCCUGAUUUCCGAGCGCAAGUCCGGACCCCUCCGAUGAUGAUGAUGAUGACGACGACGAUGGCAAUGACGGGGGCGGUGGACGCCGAUCUCCGUACCACCGCUCGCUCGUUUGGCUCGCUCGCCCGCCCGCCCGCCCGCUCAACGUGCGCGAGGAUUUGGAGCAAACAGCGUGGCCCUAACCGGACCAGGCCUCUUGGCGUAUAAAUCGCGAGGCAGCGGAAUCGUUUUAAAAAAAAAAAAAA